CGUCCCCGCGGGCAGUAAACCUGUCCCGGAGAGAGAGAAAUCCCUUAAGCCCAAGGUCCUGUGCGUUGCACUUGUCAGGGCACCUGGGCGCGUGAAAACUCUAGCGGACUCUCCUGGAAAGGAGAUCAUGCCCCCCAAGUCUCUUUCCAGCCUCGCCCAGACCGCGGGGGAGAAUCAGAGUCGUUUCCUUCCCGGGGUGUCCGAAGGGGGUUUCCUGCCCGCCCCCGACGGGACCACCGCCGACUUCGUGAUCCGCUGUGUGAUCCCCUCCCUCUACCUGCUCAUCAUCACGGUGGGUUUGCUGGGCAACAUCACGCUGGUGAAGAUCUUCAUCACCAACAGCGCCUUGAGGAGCGUCCCCAACAUCUUCAUCUCUAACCUGGCGGCUGGGGACGUGCUGCUGCUGCUCACCUGCGUCCCGGUGGACGCCUCGCGCUACUGCUUUGACGAGUGGAUGUUCGGGGACGUGGGCUGCAAACUGAUCCCCGUCAUCCAGCUCACCUCCGUGGGGGUGUCCGUGUUCACUCUCACUGCCCUCAGCGCCGACAGGUACAGAGCCAUCGUAAACCCCAUGGACAUCCAGACAUCAGGGGCGGUGCUGUGGACCUGUGUGAAGGCGGUGGCUAUCUGGGUAAUCUCUGUGCUGUUGGCGGUUCCUGAAGCCAUAUUUUCUGAAGUGGUGCACAUUGGCAGCUUGGAAAACGGCAGCUUCACAGCGUGUAUACCCUACCCUCAGACAGAUGAGCUACAUCCAAAGAUUCAUUCAGUGCUCAUCUUCUUGGUCUAUUUCCUGAUACCACUUACUCUUAUUAGUGUUUAUUAUUAUCAUAUUGCAAAGACCUUAAUUAAAAGUGCACAUAAUCUUCCUGGAGAAUACAAUGAACAUACCAAAAAACAGAUGGAAACACGGAAAGGCCUGGCUAAAAUCGUGCUCGUCUUCGUGGGCUGCUUCGUCUUCUGUUGGUUUCCAAACCACGUCCUCUACCUGUAUAGGUCUUUCAACUAUCACGAGAUCGACCCAUCUCUAGGCCACAUGAUUGUCACCUUGGUUGCCCGGGUUCUGAGCUUUUGCAAUUCUUGCGUCAAUCCAUUUGCUCUUUAUCUGCUCAGUGAAAGCUUCAGGAGGCAUUUCAACAGCCAGCUCUGUUGCAGGAGGAGGUCCCGUCCACAGAGGUCAGCCAGCUGCCUCGUCAGCUCCUCAGCCCUGCGGAUGACGUCUCUGAAGAGCAAUGCUAAGAACGUGGUGGCCAAUUCUGUUUUACUAAAUGGACACAGCACGAAGCAGGAAAUGGCACUGUGAUUUUGGUCAUUCGACUCACUGUCUGGAAAGAACUUACCUUUCUAUCCCUAUGGAGUAGAGCAGAACAAUUUUCUCGUUCUUACUGUUGCUCAGCUACUUCAUUAGACGAUUUCAUGAUUGACUCAGAAAAGACAAGACAAACAUACUUCGCGUUUUUCUCUGAACAGGAUUUUAAAUUACAUUAAAAAAUAUACAUUACUCCCUUUAAAAGUGAUUCAAUAGGCAA